UUCUCUCUGACUAGCCAACAGUGCUUUCACGUCAGCUUUUGGUAUCACCUCAGCUCGUGUAACUUGCGUUGCUUCAUCCCACACUGGGCUGGAACGGUGGAUGGGAUGCAGGCGCGCUAACUCCCACGGGCUUAUGUUGCAAGAGCCUCUCGGUAUUGGGAGAGUGAGAAUUACUUUUCUUCUGCACAGCACCACUUGCUGCUCUCCAUUACACUCGCUUGUACACUCCCUAGCGGUGAUACCAGGUAAUGGUAACAGGUUUGAAAAAUGGAAAAUCAAAAAAGGUGAGCUGACUCAAUCUGAGCCGCUACCAGGCAGUGCACAAGCGUUAAUUGAUAUACUUCUGAUAGCUGAGUGCAGGAAGUCUUCAAAAGCCUGAAUAUUAAUCUUGAUCCAGGACAGUUGUAAACUCAGACUUCCUGACUCCUUACUCAGCAUUUCAAGUGCUGCACUCGGGUCAUCCAGUGAUUCUACCAAGAUCACAGACUUUUUUUCCUAAGUCGAGAUCAGUAAACCUUCAUUGACAGAGGCGCCCAGGUUGCUGCAAUCUUGUGACCGUGCACGGAAGCAUUGAACAGACUAAGAGCUGUUCAACAUUCGUGAUGAGCACCUGAAUUCCGACAGCUGGUCUGCGCUUAUGUACUGUGAACACUGAGAUGGAGAACUAUGCGUAUAUGCGGCUUUAUAAUUCGGGCAGAAAUGAUGUACAUUUGCAUUUCUGCAGAUAGUCAACACAGUUUUACAAACGAGUCUUCAAAACAACUGUAAAUUUCACCUUGUUGAGCAUGAAAUGGGGAAUAAAUGAGUUUGUAAAUCUGUUCUGUUUCUUGAUUUUCUGCUUGUAUGCGGUGUUUGUGUUUUUCCCUGUCUUUGUUCUAUAUUUAUAUUUCAUACCAUAAAGUGAAAUAUAAGUUGAAUGAAAAAGUAUUUGACACCAAUGACCAGUGAGUAAUUGAAGACAUUCCACAUAAUUGAUUUUCUUCGGGCGAGAUGUUGAGUUCCAAUGCCAUUCAAUAACGACAUCUUUUGUUUUAACUUUUUCAGCUUUGCGUUACGAUUGGAACGUUGUGUAUCUACCCCAGCGCCCCUGCCGAGUCCUCUAAUUGGAGGGCUCCCUGGGAGCUCCAUUCUGAUUGGCCAGCAAGCUGCUGCCUUGUGGCUGGCUCAGUUGAAAGCGCAGCUAGCACUAUCGCAAGUCUACAACACCACUGCUGUUAGCAGACGAACUGCUACUUCUCCCUACGUACCCACAGCAGCCCCCUCGCCAACCGCUUCAGCCAUCAACCUGCUUAACCUUCUGAAGAUUGCUAACACAAUGUCCCAACCCAUGUAUAACCCUUAUGCCAGUGGGAACCACAGAGCCAACCAGGGCCAGUAUGGAUUGUCCAGCAUACCAGUAGAGCGGGACCCUCAGCAAACCUGUUCUCAUCUGGGACCUGGAUCUAUCCUCUGCUCCUCUGGAGGUUCUUCUGGAACAUCUGCCAACACUGGACAAAUGAUUCCAUCAGCGUUGCCUCAGACCUACAGACCAGAGACCUACAGACCAGAGACCUACAGACCUGAGAAGAGUGGGGCCACACAUGACGACGACAUACAGAGAAAUGUUGAUAUGCAUAUUUCCAGAGCCAGAGAAGAAAUGAGUCACCAUACCAGGAACCAGGAUGCUCACUCGAGUAUUGCUCAGCAGGAUGGGAUGCUCUCAGGCAUGACCUCCCAUGUAAUGUCUUCAGCGUCUGCUGGACAUGUAAGACACCCAGAUGUGGCAAGUACCAGUAGCUCCUUGGGCUGGCUGUCAGACGUCAAGAGGAAUAUUGACAAUUUGGCAAAACCAUAUUCACCUGCAGGUAGCUUUGCAAGCAGUAGUGAUGUAGGGUUUAAGUUCUCCAGUGAAAGGGAACGAGAUGACAUGUCUUUUUCACGGUCGGGAGGCUGUGACUAUUCAGGUUCAGCCAAGCCAUUGACUCACCCUGAACCCGUAAAGCCCAGGUACACAUCUGAAACGGCUGCAGAUAUCCUUUUGCACUUUGGACUUGAAAAAGAAGAUUUAGAACAACUCAUCUCCUACCCCGAAGACCAGCUUACCCCUGCCAACCUGCCAUAUAUUUUGCAUCAAAUCCGUAUCUACAAGUCUAAGGGCGAUACGUGUGCGGUUACAUCUGGAGCUGGCAGGAGUGAACAGGACAUUUCGAAGAGGUCAGAGGCAUUUCCAUCAACUAUUUGCCAGCCAAGUAAAGUGAUUGAAUACGGUCACACUGGCAAAUACACUGGAGGCCUUGUUGAAGAAACUGUGGGAAGUGGGAGUAGACCCAGUAGUGGUGUAAGACUAGACACUUCAGAUGGCAGCAGUAGUGCCAUAGAGACACUCUUGAAUAAAACUGGAAUUGUCAAACCUAGUGACUUGGGUUUUUCCUCAGACCAGAUGAAGUCUCUUCCUCACCAUAGCUCUGUGACUCUCCCAAGUCAUAUCCCAAACAAAUUCUCACACACCCAAACUAAGCAUACAUCUGUAGAACACCACACCUCAGUUACUCAACCAAAGAAAGACACAGACAGCCGAGUUCCUGGAACUAUCAAACCCCCUUUAAAACAACUGGAUGCCGGUCCCCAAAAAAACAUAAAAGCCCAGCCACCUCCCAGUGCACUGGUGCGAGGUGUCCAUCCCAGCCGACCUGGACUUGUGGUAAUUGGCAGUAAUGAUGACAGAGGCACACAAGAACUGACUAAAACUCCCCAGGGGUCAGCAGCUUGUGUAAAGCAUCUGAAGACCCAGCAGAUACAACAGCAAAAGACGCCGCUGCCGCCACCGCCACCAACGCAGCUGAAAAAGAAGCCUUUGCCGCUUAUGGAGCUUAUGUGCCAGCCUUCUGUGAAACCUGUUGCUCCUGCUUCCAGUUUACUUCACCCUCAAGAGCCACAGCUACCAACCGUGGACCUGCAUAAUGUUCACAUGAUGGAACAACCUUCGAACAGAUGCGUUCCAAUGUCCAAGGGGCUGCCAUCGCUGAGCAUGAUGAAUGACUACACGGCAUCCAUGCCCAGAAUCUUUCCACACACCUGUGUUCUGUGUAACAAAGAAUGUUUUGAUAAGAAGGAUUGGCUCUUGCAUCAGAAAUCCAAUGUUCACUUUGAGAGCUGCAAAUUACUUCGGCUACAAUACCCAAAAUGGAAUGGUGAGGUUAACAACGUCUCACGUUCUGCAGGCAGGGAUGCUCAACCCUCACGAUCAGUCCCUCAAAAAACUGGCAAGCAGUCGCAGCAGAGAAUCCAAUAUGGAAGACGUUCACGUUCUCCUGUCUCUCACUACUACCACGAUGGCUCAGGCAGAAGAGAGAAAUUCAGCAGCCAAACACAGUCACCACACAGCUCCACGUCCUUGCAAAGCAGUGGUGUCCCUUCAAGGAGCUAUGAGAGGCGAUCUCCACCAAGGAGGAGCAAUGACAGACAAGCUCCACGAGGGAGAAGCUAUGAAAGAGAUUCUUCGCCAGCAAGGGGCCACAAGUGGCAAUCACCACACAGGAGGAGCAGCGACCGCCGAUCACCGCGAGGGAGAAGCGAGGACAGAUACUGUUCGCCAAGGAGGAGCCGCGAGGGGCUAAUGUCACCAAACAGGAGUAGAGACAGACGAUCUCCACGAGAGGGAAGCUAUGAGAGAUACUCUCCACCCAGGAGCAGCCACGAGAGGCGGGCCUUGCCAGAGAGCUCAUCGAGCAGUGCUCAACGACUGGCUAAGAAACUGCUGGAAACAACAGGUGUCCAGUCGCUUUCCGACCCGUCCAAACUGGAGGCUGUGGUCAAAACUCUGGCUCCAGCUUUACUUGCAGAGCUUGCCAAGUUGAAGUCUUCAUCGUCCUCUUCCAAAGCAGAGGCAGGAGGAAAGAGAUCCUCUGCUUCUACGUUGUCUUCGUCUGCUUCCACGGCAAAGAAAAAACCCUCAACUGUCUUGACAUCAAAAGCAAAGCCAAACAUGAGGAAGAGUGCAGCGAUUUCCUCCUUCAAGGCUGGUAAAUCCUCGCCUCCAACCAUGGUGAAGCUACAUGGGGUUUCAUCUGCUCUUUCAUAUAGCGAAGUGGUCGCAGCUAUGUCACAUUAUGGAAAAACCAAGUCUGUUGUGCUGUUCCGUUCAAGUAAAGAGGCGGUCGUAUGUUUCCAGAGAGAGGAAGAUGCUAUGAAGCUGAAGAGCAUGAAGACCAUCCGUGUGAAAGGACUUGGAGUCGGAGUCGGCAGUGAAACGGACCACAAGGGAGCCAGAGCCCAUCCCUCCAAAUCCAGUGCCAAGACUAACAAAGCACCCAGUGCUAGAUCAGCUAAGCAGGUGACUCAUCUCACCCACGAUAAACAACCUGGUAGCUGGGAGAACUGCAAGGAAGGCAUGCUGGGAAAGAGCAUGACCAGACCUGUUUCCAACCCCCAUCCAAAACCUCAGACCUCUAAAACCACAACCAGCGCUAAUAAAAAGGCUGCUCCAGGGCCUGUAAAAUCUGUAACCAAGAAAACCUUCCCAGCCAAACCCAGUACCAGUCUGAAAACCACUGGGAAAACCGCACUGAAAGAUCGUGCAUCUGCCACUAAAGCAAAAGUUGUGGUUACCAAAAGAAAAAUGUCCUCCUUCCAACGCAUUGUCAAACCAUCAGCUGGCAAGUUGGUGGCAAGGCCAACUGUGAAAAAGAAAGAUGAUAAAGACCCAGAGGUGACGGCUAAAACAGGAAGCAUGUCAGUCUCUAAGCGAAAUGAACCUGCAGGAGCUUCUGAAGCAGAAAAGACAGCCAAUGAUCCAACAAGAAACUUGGCUGAAGCAGGAAGCACAUCGGUCUCUAAGCAAAAGGAACCCGCAGGAGCUCCUGGAGCAGAAAAUAUCCAAAGAGCCAAAGAUCCAGCAAGAAACUUGGCUGAAGCAGGAAGCACAUCGGUCUCUAAGCAACAGGAACCUGCAGGAGCUCCUGAAGCAGAAAAUAUCCAAAGAGCCAAAGAUCCAGCAAGAAACUUGGCUGAAGCAGGAAGCACAUCGGUCUCUAAGCAACAGGAACCUGCAGGAGCUCCUGAAGCAGAAAAUAUCCAAAGAGCCAAAGAUCCAGCAAGAAACUUGGCUGAAGCAGGAAGCACAUCAGUCUCUAAGCAAAACGAACAUGCAGGAGGAGCUCCUGAAGCAGAAAAGACGAUCAAAGAUCCAACAAGCAAGUUGGCUGAAGCAGGAAGCACAUCGGUCUCUAAGCAACAGGAACCUGCAGGAGCUCCUGAAGCAGAAAAUAUCCAAAGAGCCAAAGAUCCAGCAAGAAACUUGGCUGAAGCAGGAAGCACAUCAGUCUCUAAGCAAAACGAACAUGCAGGAGGAGCUCCCGAAGCAGAAAAGACGAUCAAAGAUCCAACAAGCAAGUUGGCUGAAGUAGGAAGCACAUCGAUCUUUAAGCAAACUGAACCUGCAGGACAUGAAGCAGGAGCUCCUGAAACUGAAAAGGCAGUCAAAGAUACAACAGACAUCUUGGCUGAAGUAGGAAGCACAUCAGUUGCUAAGCAAAACGAAGAUGCAGGAGGAGCUCCUGAAGCAGAAAAGACGAUCAAAGAUCCAACAAGCAAGUUGGCUGAAGUAGGAAGCACAUCGAUCUUUAAGCAAACUGAACCUGCAGGACAUGAAGCAGGAGCUCCUGAAACUGAAAAGGCAGUCAAAGAUACAACAGACAUCUUGGCUGAAGUAGGAAGCACAUCAGUUGCUAAGCAAAAUGAAUGUGUAGGACAUGAGACAGGAGCUCCUAAAGCAGAAAAGUUAAUGGAGGAGACUCCCAAAAAUCCAGCAGGUUACUUGACGAAAGCAGAGCCAGGAACACCAACAAAGACCGCAAGUGUGGCAUCCAAAACCAUUACUAAAGAAAGUACUCCUGGCAGAGAGAACACCAAGCCUGAGAAUCCUGAAACAGAAGACUCUUUGGUGGUAGAAGAUGUCAUCCAAGCUGUUGAUGCUGUUAAUGCUGCUGUUGUCAAUCCAGAGCAACUAGCUGGACCUGACAGAGUUGAUCUUGAUAUUAAGGACCCAGAACCCAUGGAAACUGAAACUGUUGCAGAGAGAAAAGAGGAAAAACCAAUGACUUUAAAACCUGCUCCUGAAAACUCACCAGACAUGUGCAGUGAGAGCCAUAUGCCACCUAAUGGGGUUGAAUUGGAUGUUGUUGGACCUCCAACACUUUCCAUGUCUACUGCUGUUUUGCCUCAGAGCACUAAAACGUGUGAACCUGCUGGGACCAGUAGUCCGAGCUCAAAAAUCCCCACAUGUCCAGAGAAGUUGGUUGAAGCUCCACCACAAACACCUCAGCCGGACUGCAGCACACAGGGUCUAGAUACCAAGAUGGAAGCUUCUCCUAUACAGCAGGAGUGUGCAGGAAGCCCAGCCGAAGCUGCCGUAGAGGUGAAACUUACAGAUGAAAAGAUGAAGACCUACUUGCUUCAAAAAGUGAAGACGGAAGUGGAAGCCUCAUCCAUCGGUGAAACCCCCAAAACUGUCCGCAGUGACUCAGCCAUGUCAAAGAAGGAUACAAAAAAUGAGCAAACUGCUGUGGCGCUCACCAAGCCGCCAAGGAUGGAUACAAAAAUUGAGCAAACUGCUGUGGCGCCCAACAAGCCACCAAAGACGGAUACAGAAACGAAGGAAACUGCUGUGGCGCCAACCAAGCCGCCAAAGACAGAUACAAAAACCAAGGAGACUGCUGUGGCGCACGCCAAGGCGCCAGCAACAGAUACAAAAACCAAGCAGACUACUGUGGCGCACGCCAAGGCGCCAGCGACAGAUACAAAAACCAAGCAGACUACUGUGGCGCACGCCAAGGCGCCAGCGACAGAUACAAAAACCAAGCAGACUACUGUGGCGCACGCCAAGGUGCCAGCGACAGAUACAAAAACCAAGCAGACUACUGUGGUGCACGCCAAGCCGCUAGGAGCCACAUGCUUGUUUGGAGAGCUGACUGAGACGGAGUUGCUUCAAAAGCUCCCAAAGCUUUGGCAAAUCUGUAGGAAGUAUUUCGUUUGGCCAUCACUAAUCAAACGAAAAAGGAAAUUUGAUUUCAAGGUGGUGGCAAUAACAAACCUACCUCAGUAUUGCGACGGCUGCUAUACAGAAAACGACAUCAUCAAUUUGCUCAGACCUUUUGGAUUUAAACAUGCAAAUGACAAACUCUUUGUCAUACCACAGGUGUGCAUGGCAUAUGCAAUGAUGCCCUCUAUGUCACAUGUAUCAGCGAUGUUUCCCAUCUUCAACAAAAAUUCUCUGAAACUGGGAAAUUGUACACCUGUCGUGAACGCACUGUCACAGUCCAUUAAGAUGUCUCAUCCGGUUUUGUUUUACGAGUCGCUGAUGAAUCGCAUUGGUUUUCAAGUAAACAACUCUGGUAAGAGAUUGAUUUAUAUUCAGAACAUUUCCACGAGUGAAACUAAACAUCUCAAGGAAGCCUUGAAAAAAAUUGGGGGCUUGACACGUUUCCUUCCACUUCUCAACAAGGUGUUCAUAGAGUUCAACUCAAGUUUGGAUGCUGACCGACUAGGAGUAUGGUACAGUCUCUUAAACAAAGCUCCUGGUUAUGAAAUCCAUAGACUGGCAAUACCAUAUUCCACUUCGAAGAAACUCACUUUUCCUGAGAAUGCUCUUCCAUGCAACACAGAAGCUAUUGCUGGUGCAACUGUACCAACACAAAGUAUUCGUACUCCAUACAAUAGCCGUGCCCCUUUCUGGAUCAUUCUCAAAGACAGGCCCUUCGUGUUCCCGACUGAGGCUCCUUGGUUCUUCAUUCCUAGCUACCUGACAUUGAAAUUUCAGAAUAAUACGAAGGACCCUUCCUUCGUCUAUGGAUUUCCAACACUUAUGAUCACCGGUUUACCGGAUGGAAACUACAAGCAAGAAGACAUUGCCAAUUUGGUCUGGGCGUAUUUUCCCAACCAGACUCUUCGCUCACUGUACUACAAUGUGACUGUGCUGACGUUGCAGAGGAGGGCCUUCAUUUAUUUCACAGAUUUGUCAAAGUGCUGUGAGUUUAUCCAGGCUCAGGUGAAUAAAGAGAUUUAUCUCAAUUCUGCGCCUCUCACCAUGCACUUGGUUUUACCACCCCUGACUGCUGUAUACAGUGAGGAGUUGAUGUUUGAAUCUUUAAUGAAAUGGAGCACCACUCCUGUAGACGAUGCAGAGUCUUUGGAGGAUCGAUUGCUUUGUGUGGAGAUUUUUCUAACCACCGUGGACAUCGUCACAUCUGUCUUGGAGGCUGUGACGUCUAUCGCACCUGUCAACCGUGUUCUGCCGCUCGCCAACAGGAUAUGCAUUGAGAUGGUCGACUCCCAAGGUGUAACUCAAGUGGUGGAGAAAUGCAGACCGCACAUGCUUAGUCCUGAGACUAGGGAUAAAAUUGGCCGUUUUGAGAGUGUCAAGAGUUUUAAACAGCGCCUACAAGACUCCUUUGACACCGUUGUGGUCCUUCAGAAGGGCCCCCAGCAUUGUCAAGCUGUGAUCUCACCUGCACCGUGUGAAACGGAAGACCCACCUGGAUCUAUCGCAUCCUCACCUGUGAGAAUUGAACAGACACCUGUGCUCCCAGGAGUUGAGGAGCCAGCGAGUGAAAGUCCCUGUGACGUUACAUCCACUCCGAAGGCAGGUGAAGAUGCAGCAAGAGUGAAAGGAGAAGAGAAACAAAGUUCACCAUCAACAGUCUGCGCUGCUUCAAGCUCCACCCCUAAAUCCACUUUGGUUCCACCUAAAGCAAGUGUCUGUGACCUUCCCAAAAUGGCCGAGGAUGCUGUCCCACCUGCAGCGCAGCAGCAACAACUCGAGGAGGAGGAGGGUGAAGAUUUAGGAAGGGAGGAUUUUGCACAUGCCAAUGUUUUUGCUGAGGAAGAUUUCAACAUUGAGGACUUUGUUACUUUAGAUGAAUUAAGUGAUGAUGUAGAUCCCCAGAGCUGUACUGAGACCUCCUCCUCACCAAAGCACUCCUCCUUGGAAAUGAAAGGCUCUGAUGUUGUACCUAGUUCCUUGAAAGACUCUGAGAGUGCAGCUUCUUCAUGCUCCUCAUCCAAGUUGGAUAAAUGCUGCUUGAAUAGCAGACCAACUUCUAACUCUGCCUCCGUGUCCUCUGUAAAAUCCAAAGACUUGCCUGAAGACAGCAAAUCUGCCACCAAGUCCUCAUCAUCUGCUCAUGUCAGUCAGGUGAGUGCCUCUUGUUCACCAGCUACUGAAGCCACCUCUGACCAUGGACAGAAAGCAGCAGUAACCCCGGAGGGAAGAGUUGCAAAAUCUGACCACAAGGUGUCAACAGAGGCCAUUAAGAGUCCAGAAAUGAAGAGUGAUUCAAAGGUUCAAUGUGCUUCAACAAACAAAAGAAGCCUGUAAAAGUGAAACUGACCAAACGUGUGAAAAGAUGGAUGAAGCGAAGCAGGAUGGAAGCUCUGAAAACCAGCAAAUGAAGCCUUUGGAAAGCCAAACUGUGCACAAUGAACCCCAUCAAGCCUUGCACAGCAUGGAUGAUGAUGGUAAGA